AUGGCGCUCGCCCGCGGCGGCUCCCCGGACGACGGCUGGGACGCACUAGCGGCGCACCCCUCGGCGCCCCGCGACCGCGGCGCGGACAAGGGCGCCUGCUGGCCGUGCCCCACGGAGGACGACCUGCCGACCGAGGUCGGCGAGGACGACCUCCUCCCCGCCCGGCUCGCGACGCACGAGUCCUCCACCUGGUGCUCCGACGACGACGGCGGGGCGAGCGACGCGCCGGAGGACGAGCCCGAGGGCCGCGCCGCCGCGAUCGCCAGGCGGGCCGCCCAGAGGGCGCCCACGCCCGCCGGGCCGCUGGGGAAGAAGGAGCAGCAGGCGCAGCGGGGCCCCGAGCCGCAGCCCCUGGGCCUGCCCCCGCAGCCGCCGCCGUCGGCCAAGGCUGUGGCGCCGGGCCGGGCCGAGAGCGGACCGAGCCCGCCGGUGCCGCCGGGCGCUGCCGCGUGGUCCAUCGGCUCCGCGGGCCACGACGCGGGCAAGUGCGAGCCCUGCGCCUGGUUCUGGAAGCCCCAGGGCUGCCUCUGGGGCGCGGAGUGCCGCCGCUGCCACGCGUGCCCGAGCGGGGAGCUCCUGAGCCGCAGGAGGGCCAAGGAGGCGCGCUUGCGCGCCGACCGAGGAAGCGCAGCCAGUCGCCCGGAGGCGGCCGCGCUCGAGGAGGUCGCGGUGGCCUCGGCGCGCGCGCCGCCCAGCGUCCCCGCGCCCCCUGGCCUGGAGGCGCCCCAGGGCGCGCGCCGGGCCGAGGCCUCGGAGGGCUCCGCGGGCCACCGGCGGGGCGAGUGCGAGCCCUGCGCCUGGUUCUGGAGGCCCGGCGGCUGCACGCGCGGGGAGGCCUGCCUGCGGUGCCACCUGUGCCCGGACGGGACGAUCAGGGCCAUCCGCAGGGCGAAGAAGGAGCUCCGCCGCGGGGGCGGCGGCGCGGACGCGCCCGAGCGGGCCGCGGCGGUGCCCGGCAGCGGCCAGCCUGCACCUCGGGAGCCGCCGGGGGCCGAGCGGCAGCCCGCCGCAGGGGCCGCGGCCGCGCCCCCGGAGCAGCCGGCCACGGCCAGGGGGCCACCCGCGCCGACGGCAACGGGCGCCGUGCUCGUCGAGGCGUUCGCGCCGAGCGCGCCACCCGGCCUGCCCACGCCGCCCGCGUCGGGCCACCAGGGCGUCAGCCAGGCGGCGGGCCCGCGCCGGCCGGAGGCCUCGGAGGGCUCCGCGGGCCACUGGCGGGGCGAGUGCGAGCCUUGCGCCUGGUUCUGGAGGCCUGGCGGCUGCAGCCACGCGGAGGCCUGCCGGCGGUGCCACCUCUGCCCGGACGGGGCGAUCCAGGCCCGCAGGAGGGCGAAGAAGGAGCUCCGCCGCGGGGGCGGCGGCGUGGACGAUCGCGAGCCAGCCGUGGAGCACUCCUGCCUGCUGCAGGGCUUCCGGCCUCCGCCCGGGCUGCCAGCACCCGGGAGUGCGCGCCCAGUGGCGUUGUGA